AUGGCUAGUUCUCGAAAAUCAUUAAGACUACUCAACAUCAUUCGUCAGUGUCAGAAUAUAAGAUUAGAGUAUUUGAUUAAUUUAGAGGUAAUCAAUGAUAACACGGAAGGAUAUCGAUUCAUCAAAUACAUCAUGAUGAACGCAGCACACGAUGAGGAAGACGCAGCGAAUAAAGCUAAAUUAGAAGACGCUAUAACCGAAGCCCGGGGCGUGUGGGGUGAGGAGCAGUCGGAAGCAAUAAAUCAGGUGCUAACGUCGGCUCCGCACGCCAUCACUCAUGUGGCUGGCGUGAGCUUCAUGCAACGGCGUAUGGAGGCCAACUGA